AUGUCCCUCCCGCUGGGUCCACCCCGUCCGGACAACGACCGCAGGCCCGGAUUAUCCUGCCCCGCUCCCGAAUCGGCCCAACUCCGACUGGCUUACACUCACCACCCUCACAACCAUCGUCUUGAACCAAUCACCACGUCGUUCCAAGACCUCUUCGCAGCACAAACGACACGUAACGCCACCCGCAUAUCGCUCGCCCGACGGCUGAGGCUGGCUGUCAGGAGAAGAAACGUAGACAUAACCCGAGAGAUGAACACCGGAGUAACUAUGCUCAGUGCUGAAAUCAACACAGAGGUCUUGAUAGAAGAAAAUAUCAACAUCUGGUAA